GGUGAAGUGAUUUAGGAAACAAGGCGGUAGUGAUUUGUUUUAUAUAGAGUGAGCUAUCAAAGUGCUGGAUCGAUCUGCAGGAAACUGGAUUACGAUGGAUUUUGAGGAGUUCUGCGGUGGUCCCUUCUGGGACUCAACCAAGGAAUGGACGAGUGCCAUACCCGGUAUGACUUUCUGCUCCCACCAUGUGAUUUAUCAGUGGAGUCCGUGCAUGUUUGUGUUCAUCUUUUCGGUCUACGAGCUUCAUAAGUGCAGAACCAGUCGGUACCGGGAUAUACCUUGGAAUUGGUACAACAUGUUGAAGUUGUUGAUUACACUUGUACUAAUGUGUUCGAGUUGGGUUUAUCUAGCACUGUUUAUGGCGGAAUUAGAGCAGUUCAAGGUACCUGCGGUUAGUGCGGUCUUGAAUGCCCUGGCAUACAUAUUGGUUCUGGUGUUGAUGUUCUUCCACCGCAGGUUCGGUAUCCGAAGCUCGGGAACACUUUUGAUUUUUUGGUUUCUGCGUAUGCUAUUCGGGAUCGAACCAGUACAGGAUGAGAUUCUUAAUGAGAGAGACACCGCGUUUUUGGAUUUUCAGUAUGUCUUUGUCAUGGUACAAUAUGCGCUCAUUUGCGCGAUGCUUGUACUGGAGCUGUUUCCAGAUCGAGAACCAAAGUACAGUGACUACCCAGAAUCGAAGAAUCCCAAUCCGGAGUUGCGAUCGAGCUUCUUUGUGCGGCUGUUCUUUCUCUAUUUCGACGCGUUCGCAUGGAAGGGCUUCCGCAAUCCGCUAGUGACCGACGACAUGUACGAUAUUAAUCCGCAGGAUGCUUCCAGGGAGUUGGUACCACCCUUCGAUAAGUAUUGGUAUGAGAGCGUUGAGAAGGGUCGACAGAAGCAGAUCGUAACCGAUAAGAAGGCCGGGAAGUCGAACGUUGACUAUAGUCCCCACAACCCGACCAAUGGGUCAGUGUUGCCAGCCAUUGUGAAGGCGUAUGGAGGUCCCUUUUGGUUCGCUGGAUUGCUACAGCUGGCGAUCUCUGGGCUUUGGUUUGCGUCGCCCUAUUUGAUGCAGGAGUUGAUGAAAUGGAUCGCUAUGGAUGGACCCCGGUGGCAAGGAAUCGAGCUGACCUUCGCACUCUUCGCAACAUCUAUGCUGGUGGCUCUGUUCAACGGAAUGUACUAUUACUAUACCUAUUUGACGGGGUUCCGCAUUCGCACAGGACUGAUCAGUGCCAUCUAUCGCAAGGCCCUCCGUAUUUCGAGCUUCGCCAAAAGAGACACUACAGUUGGAGAGAUUGUCAACUUGAUGGCGGUUGAUGCCCAGCGGUUUUUUGAAUUGGCACCCUAUCUCCAUAUUCUCUGGUCUGGGCCGUUGAUUAUCGCACUCUGCGUUUAUCUGCUGUACGAGAUAUUGGGCGUAGCCGUGUUCGCCGGACUCGCCAUGAUGAUCCUCACCUUGCCUUUCACCGGGGUGAUGGCAACUCAGCUGCGAGAUUUGCAGGUUGAACAGAUGAAGAUCAAGGAUGAUCGGGUGAAAAAGAUGAACGAGAUUCUCGGUGGAAUCAAGGUGCUCAAGCUAUACGCUUGGGAGCGUAGCUUCCAGGAUUCGAUCUUGGAAGUACGUGACAAGGAAAUCGGGAUACUCAGGAAAAUGGCAUAUUAUGGAGCGGGAGUCUAUUUCACCUUCACAGUGGCUCCUUUUCUGGUGACCCUGAUUUCAUUCGCAGUGUACGUGUCGAUAGAUGAGAACAACCAUUUGGAUCCACAAACGGCGUUCGUAUCGCUAGCACUGUUCAACAUUUUGCGAUUUCCGCUCGGGUGGCUACCAAUGAUGGUGACCUUUGCAAUGCAGGCCUGGGUUUCAAUCAAACGUAUAGAUAAGUUUAUGAACAGCGCGGAGUUAGACCCCAACAAUGUAACCCAUACCGAGAGCGAAGAUGCGGUUUGUAUCAAGAAUGGAACCUUCUCGUGGGGUGAUGAAACGCCAACGCUGAGAAAUGUUAACUUUUCUCUACGCAGAGGACGAUUAUCAGCGGUAGUCGGUAGCGUUGGAACCGGCAAGAGCUCGCUGAUUUGUGCGCUGCUUGGAGAGAUGGAGAAAAUUCAGGGCUUCGUCAAUACAGACGGAAAAAUUGCGUACGUACCACAGCAAGCAUGGAUCCAGAACGCAACUCUGCGAGAAAAUAUUCUUUUUGGAAAACCGUUCGAUCAACGCAAGUAUGACAGGAUCAUUGAGUGCUGUGCUCUGAAACCUGAUCUUAACAUGCUUCCGGGUGGUGAUCAGACGGAAAUCGGUGAGAAGGGCAUCAAUCUGUCCGGAGGACAGAAACAACGUGUGGCUCUGGCCAGAGCAGUCUACGCCGAUGCCGACAUCUACCUGUUCGAUGAUCCUCUGAGUGCGGUUGACGCUCAUGUUGGUAAGCACAUCUUUGAGAACGUGAUCGGUCCCCAGGGAAUGCUUGUUGGUAAGUCUAGACUGCUUGUCACCCAUGGAAUAACCUUCCUACCGAAUGUGGACAACAUAUUCGUGGUGAAAGACGGAGAAAUAUCGGAAAGUGGCACCUAUCAGGAGUUGUUGGACCAGAAGGGUGCUUUCGCUGAAUUCAUGAUCAAUCACAUCCAAGAGAUGGAUGAAAACGAUGAAGAAAUCCAAGUUCUACAGGCGACCUUGAAGGAUGAGCUAUCGCAGAGGGUCAUUCAGCGAGCCAUUUCUGUUCGUUCGGAUCAAUCCGAUGAGACGGCUACCAACAGACGUAUUAGUUGGUUGGAAUCUCGCAAAAGUAUCCACGACGACCAACCAACCAAUCCAGACAAAUCCACUCUAAUCGACAAAGAAGAAUCGGCAACGGGAGCCGUUACUUUGACUGUCUACAUGAAAUACGUCAAAUCCAUUGGGCUGUCCCUUGGGUUGUGGUCGGUUAUUUUCAGUAUUAUCACCCAGGCCAGCGGAAUCUACUCCAGCAUUUGGCUAACGGAUUGGUCGGAAGACCCCGAAGCCAUCACGGACACAUCGGUGCGGGACGUGUACCUCGGUGUCUACGGAGCCCUCGGAGGCAUUCAAUCGAUCACUCUCUUCAUAAGUUCCGUAGCAUUGGGGUUGGGCUGCCUUAAGGCUGCCCAAGAGUUACACGACAACCUCUUGGAGAGUUCAAUGAAAAUGCCAAUGUCAUUUUUCGACACCACUCCGUUGGGACGAAUCAUAAACCGCUUCUCCAAAGAUGUGGACGUGAUGGACAAUGUCCUGCCCGCAACAAUACGGGCAUGGCUUUACUUCUUCCUGAGCGUUAUCGGAGUGUUCGUUGUUAUCGGGAUAUCCACACCUAUUUUUCUGGCCGUCGUACCGCCACUCAUGGUCGUUUACUAUCUCGUUCAAAAAGUUUACAUUGAAACAUCUCGACAGUUGAAACGAUUGGAAUCCGUCACGCGGAGCCCUAUUUACUCCCACUUCGGGGAAACCAUCAACGGACAGUCAACGAUUCGGGCCUACAGUGAGCAGACGCGGUUCACCAGGGAGUCCGAGCAGAAGAUCGACUUCAAUCAGAAAGUGUCCUAUCCAACAAUUCUAGCGAAUCGUUGGCUUGCCCUUCGGUUGGAAAUAGUGGGUAGCUUUGUGGUGCUAUUCGCAGCUCUGUUUGCUGUUCUUGCGAAGGGUUCGAUUGGACCCGCCACCGUUGGUUUGUCCAUUUCGUAUGCACUGCAGAUAUCGUCCACUCUCAGUUUUAUGGUGCGCAUGACGGCUGACGUUGAGACGAAUAUUGUGGCCGUCGAGCGACUGGAAGAGUAUACGAUGCUGCCGCGUGAAGCUGACUGGCAGAAGGGCACAGUCGCUAAGGACUGGCCAGCGGAGGGGGCCGUGGAAUUCCGCGAUUUAAUGAUCCGCUAUCGCGAAGGUCUUGAGCUGGUUAUCAGAGGUAUAUCACUAAAGGUGAAGGGAGGGGAAAAAAUCGGCAUUGUUGGGAGAACCGGCGCAGGAAAAUCUAGCUUGACACUUGGUCUAUUUAGAAUAGUGGAAGCCGCAAACGGACAGAUCAUUGUCGACGGAGUAGACAUAUCCACAAUUGGUCUGCAUCAGUUGCGUGGCCGCCUCACGAUUAUCCCCCAGGAUCCGGUACUGUUCUCCGGAACCUUACGGAUGAACAUAGAUCCCUUCGGAAGCUACUCAGACGAUCAGGUGUGGAAAGCGCUGGAGUUGUCGCAUUUGAAGAAUUUUGUUAAAGGUCUACCCUCUGGGUUGGAGCACGAUGUGGCUGAGAAUGGGGAUAACCUUUCGGUUGGGCAGCGCCAGCUUAUCUGCCUGGCACGGGCAAUUUUGCGAAAAACCAAAGUUUUAAUCCUAGAUGAGGCAACGGCAGCGGUAGAUUUGGAGACGGAUGAUUUGAUACAGAAAACGAUUCGCACGGAGUUCGCUGAGUGCACGAUCCUUACAAUUGCCCAUCGGUUGAACACCAUUCUCGACUCGGAUCGUGUACUGGUGCUUGAUAAGGGUCUGGUGGCGGAAUGUGACACACCGCAGAAUCUGCUUGCAGAUAAGCAAUCCAUAUUCUAUGGGAUGGCCAAAAAUGCUGGCAUUGUUAGUUAGGAGUUUAAGUUUUAUAUUGUGGUGGUGUUCAGCUAGGUUGUUGUGUUAUUGGUAUGGGAUUUAGAAUAACAAACUGGAUUUACCCGAAUCAUUUUUCAUGUUUCAUUUUUGCAAGCUGUAUCUCUUGGUAUUGGAUAUCAGAUUCUUCAUAUCUGAAAUUUUUCGAUUUCAGAAUCUUGGUACCGAGAUAACAGAUGUUGCCUGGAUAAACCACGUAAGCAGUUGACGUCGAUGUUAUUCUGUCCACUUCGUCGUCGGUAUCGAUUGGAAGAUAUCAUGAUAUAUGUGACUGUCUGCUUGAAGAUCUUUGAAACUGUCCUGACUACCACGACUCGCACUCCUCCGUCUGAACUGGGGAUGGUUUCAAUUAUGCAUACAAGAGGACAUUUUAGCGGAAGGUAACCCUUUAGCUUCUUCAGUAACAGUUAAUCCUGGACUGGACUGGACUGAGGAAGCGAUUAGGGGCCUUGUGAACAGGCUCAGAUAUAGAGACACGGUACUAGUUAAUUAGAAGAUACUCUGGGUCAGACCGGAAAGGUCGCCUGGGGCAUCGAUAAUGGGAACGUGUGGACGGGAGUUUAAGACUCAUUCUACUUGAGUUACGACAGUUAAAGCUGGAGCGAGCCGGAAUGAAACACACAUCCGCAGCUCGUGAUCUGCUUCGACGAAAGUGGUCGCAUAGUCGUAGUGCAAUUCUAGAGCCCGAUUGUGCGUGGCGGCGAAGCCUUAACCGAUAAACCUUUCCAAUUAGUGCACGAACAAGAAACGGUCCACGGUAUUCCAUCCCCGGUUACGUAAAGGCUCGAACGAACCUGGGGAAAACUGCGGGUAAAGGUGUCAUAUCUGGUCUGCCUGUUGAAGGAUUGUACCGGAAACAGGUGAUGCAUCGCCGGACAACCUAACGAUCCAAGUCCCGACGCCCGAAUGACCAGAAUCAUUGACGAACUCUAUCGAGCAACUGUGACGGUCCUACGUGAAGUGUCUUCAAGUGAAUCGACUUCGCAAUGAGGAAGCUCAAACAAACUGUAAGCAAAAUUGGAUGACCGGGGUUGAACGGUGCGUUUAAGUUCUUCAACCGUCCAUCAAUCCGGAGUAAUCCGAACUCGUUCAUGAUGAUGUUUGAAUUUUAAUGGCGAUCUCGAUGCGACUCUGACAGCGAUCUGAGGACUGACCGAAUAUGGAGGGAAACCAGGGAGCGCAACUUCUCUUCCAAUUCCGACUUGAUCGAUACGUGAGAUACUGUGGCUGGUGAGGAUCUGAUCUCAGAUCGGUUGGUACGCGCAUCCACUGCAUCCACUUUGUUAAGCGUUUUAUUCUCUGCAUCCCGAUUCGGUAGGACUGUCCAAUGUGAUAUAUGAUUUCAGUAAAUGUGACUGAUACGAUGUAAACGCAGUAUCGCAGAAGUAGUGUUCCUUUCUUGAAACAUCUUCUCCUUCUUCAAUGACACUAACGUUCUUAAAGAAACUUCGUCGUCUCAGUAUAGUAUUACUUGCGUAAAUUUUUUCAGUACUUAGUUGAGAUUGGUUUGCCAAAUAACAUGCCUUGGAGGUAUUCUGAGUGAUAAGCACUAGAAUACGCAUGACCGCAGGGCAAGUCUGGAGAUAUUUCUUUGAUGAAAAGAUCCUUCACCAGAAUAGGAAUCUAAUGAGUGAAGACCGAAACAAACAUUUUUGCGAGUGUAAUUAACUUGAGCUCUCCAAUCGAGGUGGCAAUCUAUCAAAAUUCCAAGAAUCUUGACCGUUCUCGAAUAAGGAAUCAAUACCUGGUCUAUCCUUAUUAGUGGUGGUUUACAGGCUGUUGCAAAAGGAGUCUAGAAAAUUAUCGAAUGAGUUUUCUUGGGAUUUAAUUCAAGUCCAUUUCUGUUACUCCAGUUUAUAAUGUUCUCUAUAUCAUUGUUAAUUUUUGCAAUAAUAUCGAUUAGGUUUUCGGGCAUACCAGAACAGUAGAGUUGAAAAUCGUCGGCAUAUAAAUGAUACCUACAAUAGUUCAACUCAUUCGGAAAUUUCAUAAACAUUGAAAAUACAAGUGGUCUUAAAAUCGAGCAAACUGUGAACGUUCCGUUAGAUAAGAGAGUAAUAAUUUAACGGCUGUCUUGGGGCAUUAAGCAUUUCAAGUUAUUAUUACAGAAUGUCCGAAAUGAUUCAGAACGGUAUAUUGAAACAUCAAAGGCAUUUUAUUUUGAUUCUCAGCAUAAAGGUCACAAAAAAAAAACUUGAAAGCCCUCAAAUAUUUUUCAGGGCAUUUUUCUUGUACCGUCAUGGAAUCAUUUAUUUGAAUAAAUUAAUUGAAAAUUAUUAUCAGAAAUUCAACAACUGCGCUGACAAUAAUUCCAUAAAAUCCAACUGUGCCGUCCAGUAAUUCCAGUUUUAGAAAAGAAUGCUUCAGCAGGACCUAAAGUCGCCAUCCAAUUUUGUCGCAGUUUUCACUGUUAGCCUAUUAAUUGUGUUAAUAUAACUUGUGACCACUUUUCCGUAAUACACAAACUUACAAAUCUGCUUCUAAUAAUUCUGCGACCUUUUAAAUGACAACCUUGAAAGAGAUCCAAUGUUUAUGAAGUUUGUCAGAUUGAAAUCAAUAUUCGCGGAAAAAAAUUCACAAAAAAAUAUACAGUCAAAAAACAUCGGAAAGAUCGAAAAGAAAAGGAAAAGAAAGAGAAAAGGUACAUACAAUCGAUCAAAAAAUAAAUCGGAAAUCGGAGAGGAAAAUAUCG